AUGUAUCAAAGCGACUACACACGACAGCAGCAGCCGUUUCUGGCUCCACCGCCGCCCAUGUCGGCUCUGUAUCAGGGUCGAGGGUAUCAUGACCAGUCGAUAGCAUAUGAACCGGUAUAUCCACCUUCGAGUACGGGGAACCAAGUAACAUCAAUGUCGGCGCCAUACUGGGGUCAAGACUAUCGCACGCAGUCGACAUCACAUGCCCCGCUCCACCAUUCUCCUACCAGCAUUGAAGAUCCAAUGUUCCUAGACGACGUCGUUGACUUGAAGAUAGCCCAGAAGGAAGACAAGCAUCUGAAAUCCAACAUCCGGCGCCUCCGUCUCAUCUCCCGCCUCAUCGCCCUCUUCCUCUCCAUAGCAACCCUAGUCCCCCUCACCAUGACGCUCAUCAAGUUCCUCAGUACUAAGCACGUCUUCCGGGACAUCGUCCUCCCAGAUGGCACCACCAAACACCGCACCGCCUGGUCCAAAGACCCCAAAACCUGGCCAACAUGGACGUACUUCCUCGUGGCUGCUGCCUCCGCGCUCAUCAACGUCCUCACCCUCAUCUGCUACUGCAUCUGCGGCGUCAAAGAGGCGAACAGGACGGCGCUGGUUUCCGCGGUCGUCACGUGGGGGUCGCUGGUCGGGCAAUUGGUCGUUUGGAUCGUGGCCGCCGCGAUGUAUCGCGCGGAGAAGAGUAAAGGCGGGAAGAGCAAUGAUCUUUGGGGGUGGACUUGUGCGCCGGCUGCGAAGGCGAUCCAGAAGGAGUUUGUAGGGGUGGUUGACUUUAAUUAUUAUUGUAAUGUGCAGACUGCUUCCUGGUACACGGGUCUGAUUCAGUGCGCGGCAGCCCUAUUCUCGCUCGUCAUCUACAUCUUCGUGCUGAAGAGGCAGAAGAGCAAGAAGGAGGUCAAGAGGAUGUCUUUGGUCAUGGGCGUCGAAUCCAAAUGAUUCGUUGGGGAAAGAAAAUGGCCUACGAAUGUUUGAUCCUUGCAUUGCAGUAAAGUUUCGAUCCCUCCGACGUACAUACAUACCUACCUACCUAGGUACAGACUUUAGUCUACCUGAAGAUUGAACAUACACUGACAUGCGGGAGGGUGGGCAAGCCACAAUCUCGGUGCGAAGGGUGGGGCAGCGUUAUCAUUUAAUUCCUCCCGAGCAUCUUCGAAAGAGCGAGGAGACGGAAGACCCUCGAGCGUUUUCCCCUUUGAAACCAUCACGCCGAGAAUUGUACAUCGGUUUCGUGACCGCAGGCCUUUUCUCACGCCAUGCCACAUGCCAUAUGAUGGGAAGGAUGAAUAAACCUCG